CUUCCCAGAAAAUUAGUGGGCGUGAGGCACGUUCAAGCACUGCUGCUAUGCGUCACCCACCUGCUGAUCUUCAGCUUGCGCACCGACAUGUCGAUGGGGGUCGUUGUCAUGGCCAACAACACGGUUGGCAACCCUAACAUCAAGGGAGAAUACUCAACAAUCAAAGACUUGGGAAUGGCUUUGAUUAUUUUGUCCAAAGGACUACGGCUGGAGCCAAUCCGAGACGAGCACCAUCCUGAGCGCCUUCUUCUGGGGCUAUGUGGUGACGCUGGCGCCAGCCGGCUGGGCGGCGGACAGGUUCAACUCGAAAAACUUGUUGUCGGCCUCGCUCGUCCUCUCCGGUAUCCUUACCAUGCUCACAGAGGUGGCUGCAGACACUGGCGGCGUGGUGCUAGUGUGUGCGUUCAGAGUAGUCAUGGGUCUCUCUCAGGCGAUCAGCUGGGCACAGUAAUAGCAAUGAUGACAUCAGGAGCAAUAGCUCAGAGCGCCGUUGGGUGGCCAUUUAUCUUCUACUUCUUUGGUGGACUUGCCAUCCUUUGGGGAGUGAUCUUAUUCUGGUUUGGAGGGAAUACCCCAUUUGAACACAAGCACAUUUCUAGAGCGGAACUUGCUUAUAUUGAAGAGUCUUGCAAGGAUGUCUCACGUGAACAUAAGAAGUUUCCAACGCCGUGGGCAUCGAUUUUCACAUCACUACCCGUAUUUGCUCUCAUAGUAGCCACUAUGACACAGAACUGGGGAUUCGACACGCUUUUCACAGAAUCACCAACGUAUUUCAGUAAUGUUCUUGGAUUUGACAUUGCUUCUAACGGGUUACUUUCUGCACUGCCGUACAUCGCUAACAUUGUGCUGAGUGUUGCCUGCAGCUGGAUCGUCAACAGCGUAGAGAAGAAGCAAAUCCUCAGCAGGGGGGCCUUAAGGAAGGUGAUCAACUCCAUUGGUUACUGGUUUCCAGCAGCGACUUUAGUAGCCCUCGGCUUCAUCCCAGUGGGGGACCCAACAGCACCUGUGAUCUUGCUGACUGUCACCAUCGGUGUCAAUGGUGUCGCCGUCAUGGGUUACACGAUGAACCUUAUCGACAUCGCACCGAACUUCUCUGGCCUGAUGAUGGGUAUUACUGAUUGUAUCGGGACACUGACAUCCGUCGCUGGACCACUUUAUGUGGGGGCUAUAGUCAAGGAGAACACCAUUGAAGAGUGGAGAAUUGUGUUCCUCACUGCAGCCGGAAUGUUCUUUGUGGGCAAUCUGGUUUUCGUUAUUUUCGCUGACGGCGAAGUUCAACCUUGGAACGACCCUAACUAUUCGAGAGGAAAGAAAACAGAAACUACAGGAAUGGUUGCUGCGUGAGCCAGCUUAUGUGACGCCAGUAGUUACAUGGAAUAUAGUGAGCGAUACAGAACACUUCGUCACACGUGUCUGAAACACAAGGUUUUUCUUCAUAAAACUUUGUACAUAAAGAAGACACAGGAAAGUAAAACUCUGCAAAACAUACGCCUUUUCUGGAGCUUGAAUAACAUACUAACUUCGCUUUGAAGAAACAUAUUUCAUUUUAUUCUAUACCAAAUGUAUAUAUUCUAACUAAAAUGUAGCAUUUACAUCAUAAUAUAUGAACUACUACUCACACAACAGAAUGUUGACAGUUAUGAUACACGAGAAGUGACUAUGAAACUAUAACUUAAUCUAGCUCAACAUGAAGUAUUUUCAGACAUUCUUGUGAAUUAUCUGAAAAAUCUUGAUGAAUAAGGACGCAAUUUAUUCGAGACGAAGAGAUCUGAGGAGUCCAAAAUUAUACCUGUGUAAGCCAGAGACAAAUGUAUUGCUUUAAUAUGGCUUCAGUUUUGAGAAGCGUCUCUCCAGAAGCCGUGAUAAGUUUAGUGCUUAUUAUACCUAUGUAAGUUUUUCUGUGAUAUAAAAAAUUAAUAUAACAGAAACGUCUUUCUAUGCAAUGUCUCUGUUGCAUACAAUAUUAUUCUGUAAAGGCUUCACAUUAAUAUUAAGUCAAAACAAUUGAGUAUAACCGUAGAGACUUGAAUAUUUUUGAUUCUACAUCGGAAACAGCAUUAUGAUGGCGUGUUAAUAAUGCGCAUAACCUGUUCAUUCGUUCAGACAUGAAUUCAUUCGUUCAUUCAUUCAUUGUAGUCCAUACAUCGCAUCAUCAAGGAGCGUCAUAUGCAUGAACCGAGAAACUCUCUCCAACUCCAAUUUUGUGGAUUGUAUUAAAGAUUAACUAUCAUUAAACUCCUUUGUUUUGUGCAUGUUUACAUAGU